UGAGUUAUUUUUCAUGGCAGAUGUCUGUUGAUCUGAAGAGAGGAGAAACUCUACCUAUUCAUAUUAAUAUGACAUUCCCUUCAUUGCCUUGUGAAGUAUUGAGUGUUGAUGCUAUUGAUAUGUCUGGGAAACAUGAGGUUUUUGCCCACAAAUAUGUCCUGAAGCUUCGUUUGAACAAGGAAGGCCAAAUAAUAGGAACUGAGUACUUGUCUGAUCUUGUUGAGAAGGAGCAUUCUACUCACAAACAUGGUGUAGAAGAUAAGGAUCAUCAUGAGGAAACGCCUGAAAAGAAACCUGAACAUGGUUUGAAUUCAGAUGCUGAAGAAAUGAUCAAGAAUGUAAAGAGUGCGAUGGAGAAGGGUGAAGGCUGCCGAGUGUAUGGGGUAUUAGAUGUUCAGAGGGUUGCAGGGAAUUUCCAUAUAUCGGUGCAUGGUUUAAACAUAUUUGUUGCUCAGCAGAUUUUUGGUGGAGCAGCACAUGUGAAUGUAAGUCAUAUGAUUCAUGAUCUGUCAUUUGGCCCGAAAUACCCUGGGAUACAUAAUCCACUUGAUGGAACCACUCGAAUACUACAUGAGACAAGUGGAACCUUCAAAUAUUACAUCAAGAUUGUUCCAACGGAUUACAGAUAUCUCUCGAAAGAUGUAUUGCCAACGAAUCAGUUUUCCGUGACAGAGUAUUUUGUUCCCAUACGUGAUGGUGAUAGGUCAUGGCCAGCUGUCUAUUUCUUGUACGAUCUUUCACCUAUCACUGUGACCAUAAAAGAAGAGCGUCGGAGUUUUCUACAUUUCAUAACUCGUCUAUGUGCAGUACUUGGUGGUACAUUUGCCCUUACAGGGAUGCUUGAUCGGUGGAUGUUCAGACUCAUCGAAUCAUUUACAAAGCCAAAGUCUCGGAGCUCAUUGAGGUAAACAGAAGAAACAAAUGUAUUGAUAACAGACAUCAAGUGGUCAACUCUAAAACUUGGAUCCACAACCUUCUUCUCAACUAUGAAUUUGAAGAGCAUAGCUGGACAUGCAAGGCCAACUUAAUUGUCUGUGCUGCUUGGAAUUAUCUCUAAUUUAAGAAGAAUUGAUGUAAAUCUAGAGCCUAUGUUUUUUAUUUUUAUUUUUUAUUUGUCUCUAAUUUAUGUACCUUUAUUGAUAUUAUCAGUGACUGACGUUCUCUUUGUUGAAAGAGUAGAACACAGUAGUAAUCUUUGUGAUUUUUUGGUUUU